UAUCGUAGUAUCGUACAUGCGGCCGCACGCCAUACACGAUGGUCUCUUUCGGUGCAACUCUGAUUCGACAGUUUCGGCACAGGUCGGCAGCGGCAUUUCAGAUUGCGGAGUCCGCCAUUUUAGCUAAAAAAUCUAUAACCCUAGCUUCGUCAGCGUGCAGUGCGAAUAGGGGUCAGUUGCAAUUUGGAAUUCAGAUUGUUCGCGAAUAUUCGAAAGCGUCGAAGAUGAGUACUUUGCCUAGGGUAUUUUUUGAUAUGACGGCCGACAACGAGCCCCUCGGUCGGAUCAUCAUGGAGCUGCGCUCCGAUGUCGUGCCUAAGACCGCCGAGAACUUCCGCGCCUUGUGCACCGGCGAGAAGGGAUUCGGCUACAAGGGCUCCAUUUUCCACCGCGUCAUCCCCAACUUCAUGUGCCAGGGCGGCGACUUCACCAACCACAACGGCACUGGCGGCAAGUCCAUCUACGGCAACAAGUUCCCCGACGAGAACUUCGAGCUGAAGCACACCGGCUCCGGCAUCCUGUCGAUGGCCAACGCUGGCGCCAACACGAACGGCUCCCAGUUCUUCAUUUGCACCGUGAAGACCGCCUGGUUGGACAACAAGCAUGUCGUCUUCGGUGAGGUCGUCGAGGGUCUGGAUGUGGUCAAGAAGAUUGAAUCUUAUGGAUCCCAGUCCGGCAAGACCUCCAAGAAGAUCAUGGUGGCUAACUCUGGUUCUCUUUAAGAAUGUGCGAUGCAAAAGCAACAUUACAAGAAGAAAAAUCUGUUAAGACGAAAACCAUUUGCAUUUUCUCCAAAACAUUUUUUUUUUACCAAUUACUGUAAUAUUACGAGAAAAAUACAAUACAACCAACAUAUUUUCAA